UCGCCGGCGGCCGACGCCGCUCAGCUGGACUCGGCGGAGGAUUUCGAGGUCCUGGAGGAGGAGGAGGAGGAGGAGGACCUGAGCGAGCUGCCCCCGCUGGAGGACGUGGGCAGGCCACCGGCCCCGCCGCGGGAGGAUGCCCAGGCCUCGGAGCGGGGUGGGGGGGAGGCAGCUGAGGACCCCCAGGAGUGGCUUGACAUUUUGGGGAGCGGCUUGCUCAAGAAGAAGACGCUGGUGCCAGGCCAGGGGGUGGACACGCGUCCCCACAAGGGCCAGGACGUGACCGUCCGCCUGAAGGCCACACUGGAGGAUGGCAGCGUGGUGGAGGAGAACCCUGCCCUCACCUUCACGCUGGGGGACUGUGACGUCUUGCAGGCUCUGGACCUGUGUGUGCAGCUCCUGGAAAUGGGAGAGACAGCUUUGAUUGUGUCAGAUGCAAAGUACUGCUACGGUGCUCAGGGCAGGAGCCCUGACAUCCCACCCAACGCGGCCCUCACCCUGGAGGUGGAGCUGCUGUCGGCUCGGGAUGCGCCGGACCUGGAGCUGCUCAGCGGGAAGGAGAAGAUAGAGCUGGCCAACCGCAAGCGGGAGCGCGGCAACUUCUUCUACCAGCAGGCAGAUUACGUGCUGGCUAUCAACUCCUACGACAUCGCGCUCAAGGUCAUUGGCUCCAGCUCAAAAGUCGACUUCAGCCCGGACGAGGAGGCUGAGCUGCUGGACGUGAAGGUGAAAUGUCUCAACAACCUGGCAGCUUCUCAGCUUAAAUUGGACCAUUACGAAGCGGCCCUCAAGUCCUGCAACCUUGUCCUGGAGCACCAGCCGGGGAACAUCAAGGCUCUCUUCCGAAAGGGCAAGGUCCUGGCUCAGCAGGGCGAAUACAGAGAGGCCAUCCCCAUCUUAAAGGAGGCGCUGAAGCUGGAGCCUUCAAACAAGACCAUCCACGCUGAGCUCUCCAAGCUGGUGAAGAAGCACGCGGACCAGAAGAACGUGGAGACAGAGAUGUACAGGAAGAUGCUGGGGAAUCCCAGCGCCAGCGGUGCCCCAGGGAAGUGCAAAGACAAGCUGCCCUGGUCCAUCCCCUGGAAGUGGCUCUUCGGUGCGACAGCCAUCGCGCUCGGCGGCGUGGCCUUGUCCGUGGUCAUCGCGGCGAGGAACUAAGGAUGGCGGCGGGGCGGCCCUGCGGCACAGGACCUGCGCCAGGAUGUGCUUCUCUUCUGCCAAGGGGCUUCCUCGGGGCUCCACCGACUCCUCCCCACGGACUUGCAGUUGCAGAAACACGGAUGCUUUCUCUGCCAGAGGUGCCGAUCCCCCUCCUGACGUCCCCCUGUAUCCCUCCCCGGCACAAGCGGGAUGCAGCUGCGGGGACAGAGCUGCGGGCAGAGCAGGGACCCCCAAGCCCGCUCCCAGGCGGUCGGGGCUCAGCCCCCAGCCCUGAGUGUGUCUUGGGGAGCAGGAGCUCCUGCACACUGGUACGCCGUGGCUGUCCCCAGCCCGAUGACCCCCAGCGGGCGCCGUGGUCCUGCCGACAUGG